AUGAACAUCGUGAACAGAAGACAUUGGAAAAUGGCUUUCCCAGUCGUAAAACGCUGUUGCUGUGGGUUCUUGAGCAACAAGGAUGGGAGCAUGGCAAUCGGAGUCAUCUGUCUGGUAUGCUGGAACGGCCCAGUUCUCAUCCAUCCAUACAUCCAUACUAUAUUAGAAUACGCUAAGGAGAUUCAUGGUUGGUGUGGCCUCUGGCCUUCACAGCUUUUGCCCUUCACGGACAUAGGCAAGGACAUAGGCUGCUCACAACACAGUACCAAAAUUGUGAAGAACGAUAAUGGUGGUGAUGACACCGAUCGGCAGACCGCCUUUCUGUUUGAAUUCUUCAACAAUCUCAGUACUCAGGGUCUCUUCCUGCACGCCCCAAUCCUAAAAAUUGGAUAUAUCCGGAUGCGUGUACGGAAUCGCAUUAUUCGGAAAGACCUUUGCAACGGCACUCCUAUGAUCAUUUUCUAUUGCGCUUCAUUCGUGAUGAACGUGAUCGACAUGAGUCGUGGAUACGAGAUGAGAUCGGAAAUCACCGAUCAACUUUCAGAAGAGACAUAUACGAAUCUUCUUAUCUCCAGCAUGGUCAUCCUUCCGGCGCUCAUCAUAGUUGAUUCUCUUCUCAUUCAUGGAGUUCGGAAGAGGAAUCUAAUGAUACCAUGGUUGGCUCUGGAGCUGCUGGCGCUGAUCGCAGGCCUAAUAAUUUUCAUCUGCAUAAUGCUGAUCGGGCUUCUUGUCUUGGCACCGCAUGGUCUCUUCAUCAUCUUCAUCAUCGUGGCUGUCGUUUUCUUAAUCGCAUAUUCCAUUGCAGUGCACUUCUUCCUCGUCGUCUACUCCCAUUUUAAAGGAUUGAAGAAUUACCUCUCACGAUGUGUUGCACUGGAAACACGCAGCGGGAUUUUCAUCAAGGCAGCUUGCAUCGGUGAUCUAAUUUGUCGUUAUCCGCAGUUGAUUGUCAUAGAACGCCCUAUUUCGGCGAAGGAGCUGAGCGACAUCUCCGAAGAAGAACACUUCCCUCAGGCCAUCAAGAAUCCUGUGUCCAUUGGAUUAUUUGUCCUGUUCACUGUGAUCGAGGAAAAAGGAGAAUCUUGGAACAGUGAGCAUGAUCGAGAAACUGUUCUUGAGUGUGUUUCUUGA